GCGGGGGCUCGCAUGCGGAGGGAAUGUCUGCGGUGCGAGAGAGGGCGACCGUUUUGGUUGCGACGCCUCGUCCCCUUCCUCUCCCUCGUUCCCUCGUUCCGUGUCGGAGGAUAAAACCUUUGGAGACAUGCCGUGCCCGCUGUGCAAGUCUAUUCUUGUCGUUGUACUCGGUGCCUCUCCCUCGCUUUUCCACUUCUCGCUGGUGCACCACUUUCUUGCUUGACCUGCCAGGCGGCGACUCAGUUGUGUCGCCUAGCUUGAAAGCGAUAGUUUGGUUCCGGUCAAUCUGAUCGUGGCAGAGAAGAGAGAGAGAGAAGGAUGAGGGAUGCGGAGAUGGAGACGGCGCAGGCUGCCGGAGGCGAGGUAGAAGGGGGGGAGCAGAAUGGAGGAUCGGCGGAGCACGUAGCAAAUGGUAGCCGGAGUAAGGCUGUGCACCAGGGCGUGAGCUUCAGCCACGUGAAGCCGCAUCUCGUUAUUCAAGCCCCUAAAGCUUCGGAGGCGAUCGUGUUCUAUAAAGCGGCCUUUGGAGCGGAAGAAGUGACCAAGACCCUCCAUGCCAAGCGGAAGGCUGAGCAAGAGCAGCCUCUUGUUCUGCAUGCACACCUCAAGUUUGGCGACGCCGAGAUUCUGAUUAUUGACGAAGCCGAGGAAAGUGGAAACACCGUGAAAUCUACAUCCUCGCUGAACGGCACAUCCAUGAUACUUCACAUGGAAACGUCCGAUGUCGAGACAGCCUUCUCUAGGGCCAUAGAGGCAGGUGCUACCGUGUCGGAGCAGAUAGCAGACCGACCUUGGGGGCAAAGAUGCGGGAAACUCGUGGAUCCGUAUGGCUUCGUAUGGAGCCUUGCAUCUCCUCUUGCCCCGGAGGAACCAUCCGUGAUUAUCACUGAAGAAGCCGUCGAGGCAGGACAGGCAGCCUAGAGGCUGUACAGAUCUGCUAGAGGAGAUUUCGAAGGCGAACCCCAUACUUUCGUGAUCCGUCGGAGACAGCCGAAGGAACUGACGUUAUGGUAUCCGUGAGACCCAAGACAGCAAUUUGACACGACCGGCUCGACACCCUCGCGCAUGAGUGCAUGUACCGUGUUGAGAGGCGCAGUGCGUGGAAGUCAGCACAAUGCUAGAAUAGUUCCGAGACGAGCACUUUCACGGCUGUAGAUCGUGGAGUGACUCGUUCUCCGUGGACCUGUGAACUUGGAAAGUCUUAUAAAAUUCACUUCGUUGUUUCGGUCUCGUGGA